AGGACACCGGCUCGCAAACUGACGGCAACACCGACGCCAAUGUCAGGCAUCGGAGGCGGCGGAGGAUUCUUCAUUCAGAAAGAGGAACAGUCGUCCAAAAUGAUGGAUAUGGAGCCGAAGGGCCAGAAUCUGCCGCCACUUAAACCCGAAGACAUUCAAUAUUUUGACAAAUUGUUGACAGAUGUGGACGAAGAGUCGUUGAGUCCGGACGAGCAAAAAGAGCGCAAAAUUAUGAAACUUUUGCUUAAAAUCAAAAACGGAACGCCGCCUAUGAGGAAGUCGGCCCUCAGACAAAUCACUGAUAAGGCCCGCGAAUUUGGUGCCGGCCCUCUGUUUAAUCAAAUACUACCUCUUCUGAUGUCUCCCACACUCGAAGACCAAGAAAGACAUCUAUUGGUGAAAGUGAUCGACAGAAUUCUGUACAAAUUGGAUGAUUUGGUUCGUCCGUAUGUCCAUAAAAUACUAGUAGUUAUCGAGCCUUUGCUUAUCGAUGAGGACUAUUACGCGCGAGUGGAGGGCCGGGAGAUUAUAUCGAAUUUAGCCAAAGCUGCCGGACUCGCGACUAUGAUCUCGACGAUGAGGCCCGACAUCGACAACAUUGACGAAUACGUGCGAAACACUACUGCGCGCGCCUUUGCUGUGGUGGCCUCAGCGCUGGGCAUCCCUUCACUGUUACCUUUCCUGAAGGCUGUCUGUAAGAGCAAGAAGUCAUGGCAGGCCCGACACACCGGCAUUAAGAUUGUACAGCAAAUCGCUAUUCUUAUGGGAUGUGCUAUUCUUCCACAUCUGAGAAGUUUAGUGGAGAUUAUAGAACACGGAUUAGUAGACGAACAGCAAAAAGUGAGAACAAUCACAGCCUUGGCUUUGGCCGCAUUGGCUGAGGCGGCCACUCCUUAUGGCAUCGAGUCGUUUGAUUCAGUGCUCAAACCUUUAUGGAAAGGUAUUCGCACGCAUAGGGGUAAAGGUUUGGCCGCUUUUCUCAAAGCCAUCGGUUAUUUAAUACCUCUGAUGGACGCCGAAUACGCCAACUAUUAUACCCGAGAAGUGAUGUUGAUUUUGAUCCGAGAGUUCCAAUCGCCCGACGAAGAGAUGAAGAAAAUUGUACUCAAAGUCGUGAAACAGUGUUGCGGUACAGAUGGUGUCGAACCCCAGUAUAUCAAAGACGAAGUGUUGCCACACUUUUUCCGCCACUUCUGGAACCAUCGGAUGGCACUCGACCGGAGAAACUAUAGGCAAUUAGUGGACACAACUGUGGAGAUCGCCAACAAAGUGGAAGCCGCGGAAAUCAUACACCGAAUUGUGGACGACUUGAAGGACGAGAACGAGGCCUACCGUAAAAUGGUUAUGGAGACCAUCGAGAAGAUAAUGUCCAACUUAGGCGCCGCACAAAUCGACUCACGUCUCGAGGAACAGCUCAUCGAUGGAAUUCUGUACGCAUUUCAAGAGCAGACCACCGAAGACUUAGUGAUGUUGAAUGGCUUCGGAACUAUUGUGAACGCAUUGGCGAAGAGAGUGAAACCAUAUUUGCCUCAAAUUUGUGGUACGAUUCUGUGGCGACUAAACAAUAAGUCAGCGAAAGUGAGACAACAGGCGGCAGAUCUGAUCUCAAGGAUUGCGAUCGUAAUGAAGACGUGUCAGGAGGAGAAACUGAUGGGACAUUUAGGUGUUGUUCUCUACGAAUACUUGGGUGAGGAAUACCCCGAAGUGUUGGGUUCGAUAUUGGGUGCAUUGAAGGCCAUUGUGAAUGUGAUUGGUAUGCAUAAGAUGACGCCUCCCAUCAAAGACCUGUUGCCCCGAUUGACACCCAUUCUGAAGAACAGACACGAGAAGGUUCAGGAGAACUGCAUUGAUUUGGUCGGACGUAUCGCCGAUCGCGGCGCUGAGUAUGUGUCGGCCCGCGAAUGGAUGCGAAUCUGCUUUGAAUUAUUAGAGCUCUUGAAGGCCCACAAGAAGGCCAUCAGGAGAGCUACAGUCAACACAUUCGGUUAUAUCGCCAAAGCUAUCGGUCCUCACGACGUGUUGGCCACUCUUCUGAACAAUCUUCGCGUUCAGGAGAGACAGAACCGGGUGUGCACUACAGUGGCCAUCGCUAUCGUGGCCGAGACCUGUUCCCCAUUCACUGUUCUGCCGGCGCUUAUGAAUGAAUAUCGAGUCCCAGAACUCAAUGUACAAAACGGUGUCCUCAAGUCAUUGGCCUUUCUCUUCGAAUACAUCGGCGAAAUGGGAAAGGAUUACAUCUAUGCCAUCACUCCUCUUCUAGAGGACGCCCUAAUGGACAGGGAUUUGGUCCACAGACAGACCGCGUGCGCCGCCAUUCAGCACAUGGCUCUCGGCGUCUAUGGUUUUGGUUGUGAAGACGCGUUGACACACAUUAUGAACUAUGUUUGGCCCAACAUUUUCGAGACCUCCCCUCACUUGGUCCAGGCCUUCAUGGGAGCCAUCGAGGGCUUGAAGGUGUCGUUGGGACCCAUCAAGAUGUUGCAGUACACCAUUCAGGGUCUCUUCCAUCCCGCGCGCAAAGUGAGAGAUGUCUAUUGGAAAGUCUAUAACACUCUCUAUAUCGGAGGUCAGGACACACUAGUGGCCGGUUAUCCCAGAGCUUCGAAUGACUCGAAGAAUAAUUAUAUUCGUUAUGAAUUGGAUUACGCGCUCUAAUUAUGUCCGUUUCGUUUGGAGUCCUGUUUUGAGUUAAAGUUUUUAAAUGAGAUGUCAUUAAAACAUUAAUUAUUAUUACAUUAAACGCUUUUCUUUUUCACUUUUACCAC